AUGUUGGCUGCACGUAAAAGAAUUUUGGAUAAAGCCCUCUCACACAGAAUAAAGUCUUUCCAGCAGAUGGCAUCACUGUUAAGAAGAGAUCAAACUACUGUUCAGGGAGCUGGUCUGAGAAAUCCUCUUCAACAACCAUCCAACACCUAUAAUUUAAAUGAAAGGGGUGCAAUUGAAAAAUCAGCUGAGGGAUUAGGAGGAACCUCAGCUUUGCGUUUUUCAGUUCCAAGACCAAGUGCAUUUUCACGCUCACCCCAGCAGCCUCCUCCUCGCGUUGGAAUUCGUCUGCCAACUCACUUAUUGGAGAGAAUGUUAGGCAUCGACUGCAACAGACAACAGAAUUGUUGUAUCCUAGAAAAGCUGCGGCCUACAGAAGCUAAUCACCAGCAGGUAUGA